CGCUGACUUCAGUGCAACCUACUAGUGCAGCAUCAUGAGACCAAUGCUCGUGGCCGCCAGUCUGGUGGCUUUAUUGGCCCUCGCUUACGCGGAAGAAGCCAAAAAAGCAGAAAAGGAAGUGGCAGUGACCGAUAAGGAACCGGCGGCUGACGACAAGAAACACGAAAAGAGAGGGCUCUUGGACAUCGGCUGGCACGGCGGCUUCGAUGGUGGUUAUGGAGGCGGUGGUUAUGGAGGCGGUGGUUAUGGAGGCGGCGGUCAUUAUGGCGGGCACGAGGAAGUCCACAAAACCGUAACUGUCGUUAAGAAAGUUCCUGUUCCCUACCCCGUCGAAAAGCACAUCCCCUACCCGGUAGAAAAGAAAAUCCCCUACCCCGUGAAAGUGCACGUUCCCCAACCCUACCCCGUUGUCAAACAUGUCCCUUACCCAGUUAAAGAGAUUGUCAAGGUACCAGUUCACGUACCGCAACCCUACCCAGUCGAAAAGAAGGUGCCUUACCCAGUACAUGUCCCAGUCGACAGACCCGUCCCCGUCAAGGUAUAUGUGCCAGAACCUUACCCCGUUGAAAAGAAAGUUCAUGUUCCAGUCGAAGUGCACGUGCCCGCUCCUUACCCAGUAGAGAAGAAAGUACCUUACCCCGUGAAGGUUCCCGUACAUGUGCCUGCUCCUUACCCCGUAUACAAAGAGGUACAAGUACCAGUAAAGGUCCAUGUGGACAGACCCUACCCCGUGCAUAUUCCCAAACCAGUGCCUUACCCCGUCGAGAAGCCCGUCCCAUACCCGGUAGAAAAACCAGUGCCCUACCCCGUUAAAGUACACGUUGACCGCCCAGUGCCUGUCCAUGUUGAGAAACCAGUUCCGUACCCCGUGAAGGUACCAGUGCCCGCCCCUUACCCCGUCGAGAAGCACAUCCCGUACCCAGUAGAAAAGGCCGUGCCGUUCCCAGUUAACAUCCCCGUCGACAGGCCAUACCCAGUCCACAUCGAGAAGCACGUGCCUGUGCACAUCGAGAAGCCCGUACCGUACCCGGUUAAGGUACCGGUACCAAUCGUCGUCAGCCACGAACAUGGUCACGAACACGGUCACGACUUCGGUCAUCAUGGAGGCUAUUAAGGCUGCAGGAAGCAGACAUCUGAUUGUGAUAUAUAAAUAUAAGCUUAGCACAUAAAAGACGAGGCGUGUGUCACUAAUAGGAUAGUGGUCGGAUUCCAGAUCCUAACGUAUUCCACGUCCUUAGAUCGAACGCACUGACUUAAUACUCUAAGUCUAUGUAUUUUUAAUAAUUUUUUUGUUGUGAAUUUUUUUUUUUUGUUAAUUACGUUUGAGUUGAUGUACCUGUUAUGGUUAAGUUACGAAAAGCUGUCUCCAAUUUUUUAUUAGUAAUUCGAAAUGAGUAUU